AUGAUUCAGGGAUUUAAUCAAGGGGGGAAAAGAGCUAUAGGCGUUGUCAAGCUGGAAAUAAAUAUGGGAGGCCAUGACGAAAAUAAAGUGGUUCCAUCUACUUACCAUCAGUGCUUUAAAUACCUUGAAAAUGGGGUCCAAAAGAAGAUAGUUGCUAAUGAUGAGCCUUUUGUUGAGACAGAAGCACACUUUGCAGAUGCGAAAUUCUACUUGAAGAACUGUGUCUCGAAGGAGUUUAAAGUGGAUAAUGCGAUGCCAAUAAAAAAGGUUGGUACUGCAAAGAUGGAUGAUCCAACAGCUGGAAAGGUAAAGGUUAUAGUUGAAAAGAAUCAAGCGCUUAAUAACGUGAGCAAGGUACCCAAGGUAAACAUGGAAUCUUCAAGAAAUAAAAAUACUUCUUUUCUUCACUAUGUUCCAAAGGCGAAGACGGGUGAAGGCCACUCUUCUGAGUUGCAGGGUAAUAUGUUAAGUGGGUUGACCUUUCCUAUAAAGCAAAUUGAUGCAAUCAAAUCAUCUUCAAAAAUGGUGGAAGGAUUUUUCAAAUCAUCCAAUUCACACGAAUCACUUCCAGAAAAGCGUACAGAUGAGGGUUUUGACCCAAACGCCUACAAGUUAUUGGCAAAAGCUGGAUACAAUCCCAAUGAGCCUUCUAAAUUAGGGAAGUUCCUACCAGAAGCUGUUGGAAAGGGAAGUCAUGGACUAAACCCUACUCAGAGGAUGAUGAUAGAGAAAGGGUAUGCUGUCAAACAAUCACAUGAAGGUUUGGGUUACAAACAACCUUCACCAGUCCGCAUCUCUAUAAGAAGGGCAAGCAACAACUACAUUACCACUAAAGAAGAGUCAACAGCGUCUAACCAAAGGCUUUCCGUGUUUGAUCGACUUACCAAUCCAACUCCAAGGAUUUCAGUGUUUGAUAGAUUGGGACCAUUGAAGAAGAAAUACAAGCACCAAGGAAAUAAUAGAAGGAUGGAAGCUCCUGUUUAUGCUCAAAACACUACGCUUCAUCCAAGAGUUGAGGAAAAGUUUGUGGAUAUUCAUGCAUGUCAUCACAUAUCUUUCAAUGAUGGUGACCCCCAAGAAGAUGAAGAUGCUGAAGAUGCACCGCCUGAGUUUGAGGAAGGGGUAAAGACGACUAUUGAUGCAUUAAAGGAAGUUAAUCUUGGAACUGGUGAAGACCCAAGGCCCACAUAUGUAAGUGCCUCACUGAAUGUUGAUGAAGAAAACAAAUAUGUUGAGCUACUUAUGGAGUUCAAAGAUGUUUUCGCUUGGAGUUACAAGGAGAUGCCAGGAUUAGAUCCCAAAGUUGCAGUCCAUCGUCUCGCCGUAAAAGGGGGUACUCGUCCUGUUAAGCAAGCUCAACGUUGCUUUAGAUCUGAACUAGUUCCCUUGAUUGAAACUGAAGUGAACAAACUCAUUGAAGCGGGUUUCAUUCGUGAAGUUAAGGAUCUUAACAAUGCAUGCCCUAAGGAUGAAUUUCCUAUUCCAAUCCCCGAGCUUAUGAUUGAUGCCAUGACUGGAUAUGAGGCAAUGUCUUUCAUGGAUGGUUCGUCUGGGUACAAUCAGAUUCGCAUGGCACCAAAGGAUGAAGAACUUACUGCCUUCCGCACUCCUAAAGGUAUAUAUUGCUACAAGGUGAUGCCUUUUGGUUUAAAGAAUGCCGGUGCUACUUAUCAACGUGCCAUGCAGAAAAUCUUUGAUCACAUGCUACAUAAAAACGCCGAGUGUUAUGUUGAUGACUUGGUGGUGAAAUCAAGGGAGAGAAAUGACCACUUGAAAGAUUUGAGAUUGGUGUUCGAAAGACUUCGACGAUACCAACUCAAAAUGAAUCCUUUGAAGUGCGCCUUUGGAGUUUCUUCUGGAAAGUUCCUCGGAUUUAUCGUCCGACAGCGAGGGAUCGAAAUUGAUCAAGCUAAGGUCGAUGCUAUUCUGAAGAUGCCCGAACCUAAAUAUAUCCAUGAGUUAAAAAGCCUGCAAGGAAAGUUGGCAUACCUUAGGAGGUUCAUCUCAAAUCUGGCUGGGAGAUGUCAGCCAUUCAGUCGUCUUAUGAAGAAAGAUAUUCCUUUUGAAUGGGACCAAGCCUGUGUGAAUGCUUUCGAGAGCAUCAAAUCUUAUUUGAUGAAGCCUCCAGUACUUGUAGCUCCCAUACCUGGAAAACUGUUGAUAUUAUAUAUCGCGGCACAAGAAAGGUCAGUAGGAGCACUUCUAGCCGAAGAAAACGAUAAAAGGAAAGAAAAUGCACUUUAUUACUUGAGUAGAAUGAUGACACCGAACGAGAUAAAUUAUUCACCCAUAGAGAAGUUAUGUCUGGCACUUGUAUUCUCAAUUCAAAAGAUGAAGCAUUACUUCCAAGCUCAUGUGGUGCGACUCGUCUCGAAAGCAAAUCCUAUCAAGUUUGUCAUGUCCAAACCCGUCCUAAGUGAUCGUUUAGCAAGGUGGUACCUCCAAUUUCAGAAAUUUGAAAUUGUGUAUAUUUCUCAAAAGGCAGCAAAAGGACAAGUGCUAGCCGAUUUUUUGGCCAACCAUCCAAUUCCAGAUGAUUGGGAGUUAUUCGAUGAGUUACUUGAUGAAGAUGCAAUGCUUAUGGAAAUUCAACCUCCUUGGAAAAUGUACUUUGAUGGUGCUGCACAUUGUGAAGGAGCUGGUGCUGGAAUAGUGUUUGUCACUUCCUUAGGGGAGCUACAAAUUUUUGGAGAUUCCAAGUUGGUGAUCAAUCAAGUUUUGGGUAGUUAUGAGGUUAAGAAGCCAGAGUUGCUGCCAUAUCGCAACUAUGCUCAGAAAUUGAUAGGUUGGCUAGGAGAAGUGACUAUUCAACAUGUUCCUAGAAAGGAAAAUAAAAAGGCUGAUGCAUUAGCAGCUCUAGCUUCCGCAUUAGUAUCACCUAAUCAAAUGCAAGUCGUCGUUUGCCAGAGAUGGGUAGUACCACCACCAAAUGAAUGUGAAGAAGAAGUUGAGCAUGCCAUCACCACUUUAGAGGUUGAAAUUGAAGAUUGGCGACAACCAAUAAUUGAUUACUUGUGUUAUGGGAUACUGCUAGAAAAUCUUCGAAGGAAGACAGAAAUCCGACGACGAGCCCCUCGUUUCCUUUAUUAUAAGAAUACACUCUACAGAAGAUCAUUCGAUGGAGUACUUUUACGUUGUUUGGGGGCAGAUGAGUCCGUUCAAGCCAUGCAGGAAGCACAUUCUGGAGUAUGUGGGGCGCAUCAAUCUGGGCCAAAACUUCAUUUUCAUAUAAAAAGAAUGGGGUAUUAUUGGAAAACUAUGGUGAAAGACUACUUGGAUUAUGCUCGAAGGUGUAAAGCUUGUCAAUUCCAUGCUAAUUUCAUACAUCAACCACCAGAAGUAUUGCACCCUACCGUGGCUUCAUGGACAUUUGAAGCUUGGGGUUUGGAUGUUGUUGGGCCAUUGCCAAAGUCUUCUGGCGGUCAUUUAUACAUUUUGGCUGUGACUGAUUACUUCUCGAAAUGGGCAGAAGCUGUUUCUCUUAAAGAAGUAAAGAAGGAGAAUGUGGCAAACUUCAUCCGAGUCAAUAUUAUCUAUCGUUUCGGCAUUCCUCGAUAUAUAUUGACAGAUAAUGGCAAGCCAUUCGAUAACAAGUUGAUGACUAAGGUCUGUGACCUUUUUGGCUUCAAGCAACGUAAUUCUUCUAUGUAUUAUGCCGCUGCCAAUGGCCUCGCUGAAGAAUUUAACAAGACACUCUGCAACUUGUUGAAGAAUGUCGUCUCCAAAUCUAAGAGAGAUUGGCAUGAAAGAAUGGAAGAAGCUCUUUGGGCAUACAGGACCACCUAUCGCACACCAACGCAAGCGACUCCUUAUUUGCCUGUUUAUGUAGUUGAAGCAGUCCUUCCACUUGAGCGUCAAAUCCCAUCAUUGCGGCUUGCUAUUCAAGAAGGGCUCACUGAUGAAGAAAAUGCUAGAUUGCGCCUCGAAGAAUUGGAAGCUCUCGAUGAAAAGAGGCUAGAAGCUCAACAAAGCCUGGAAUGCUAUCAAGCCCGUCUAUCUCGGUCUUUCAAUAAAAGGGUUCGUCUUAGAUGCUUCCAAGUGGGUGACCAAGUCCUUGUUGUAAGAAGGCCAAUUAUUACUUCUCAUCGAUCUGGGGGCAAAUUUUCUGCUAAAUGGGAUGGGCCAUAUGUUGUGCAAGAAGUAUACUUAAGUGGCGCUUUUAAGCUUGUUGACUCAGAAGGCUUGCGAAUUGGGCCCAUCAAUGGGAAAUUCAUGAAGAGAUAUUAUCCUUGA